UAUGGGUUUUUAUGUACCUGCUUGGUUGAUCUGAUGUUUGUUCUAUUCGGACAUUUACUUUAUUGAAACUACUUAGAAAAGAAAAGCUUCUGGAUCAGAACAUGAGAAUUUAACCUAAAAUUUACUUUCUGUUUUGGAAUGCUAGCCCACCAAGAUCCGCAAAUCUGUUCUGUAAGUCUUGGAAGUAAAUCAUAUCCAGGAAUUUUUUAAAAAACUUGAAGGUUUAUAUAGUUAAAACUGAAUAGCCACACAACUACGGGCAAGUAAACGCACCAUGUUCUUUAUUUGGAAGUCAGGAUCAUUAGUUUAACUUUAGCUUUAUUUCUAAAUGUGCCUAGUGUUGAGAGUGUACCUUCACUCUUCCCCACCUCCCCCCUAUACUCCUAGAAAUAAAUUCUUGAACAUGAUGUGAGGGAAUGGUAAACUUUUAGUGUUGCAGACUCCUCUGCCGGCCCCGCCGUUCCUUCUCCUGUUGUUGCAGUCUUUUGGAAUACGGAAUUCAAAGCUGCCCCCCCUCCCUGCCAAAGCUGUCUUUUUUUUUAGAUCAUUAGCUAUUUCUAAUUAAUGUGUCUGUUUCUGCUCUCUUUUAAAUUAAUUAUAGUUCCCUCCUUUUGUUAUCUCGUUUUGAUUUCUAAUCCAAUUAUCUUUUUAAAUAAUUGCUUUAUCGCUCUCAUCAUUGAUAUGGUACCCCCUCACAGCCCCUUGGCGAUUGUAUGGUAAUGUGGCUGUAGAUUUUUUUUACUCCACCCUACUCCACUUCACUCUUUGCCACUUUCCAGUUUUCCUUCGGGGAGGAAUUAUCCGCCAUGUUUGGAGAGUUUCUGUGUUAAAGGAGAAACCUUUAAGUAAGACAGAAAGAGAAGUAAAAACAGAAACUUUAUUGUACUUGAUAUGGAAAUUAAGUUGCCUUUUAAUAUUAAGAUCCACAUAGCUAUAUAUAAAACUUAUUGCAUUCUUUUUACUGAUAUGUACAAAAAACUGUUUUGUUGAGCAUUUAACUUUGCACUACCUGCGAAUUCUAUUAAAAAAUUUCUAUCAUGUUAUCAAUUCACUAUAUGUUAAUUUUGUUGUUUUUCUUCUAGAGUGCUGUGAAAAAUUCUGCUGCUCUGUGGGAUUCCUUUCAGUUGCUGGUUGGAUGAAUAUUUAAAAAAGAAUAAAACAUAUACACGCACUGUUUGAAAAACUGGUAAAUAAACAAAUAGAUAAGUGUGUGGAUAAAUUGGAAAAAUAUUUCCAGCUUUUAGCAUGAUGUCUUACCUCAAACAGCCCCCCUAUGGCAUGAAUGGGCUGGGGCUAGCAGGACCGGCAAUGGAUCUUCUACACCCUUCAGUGGGGUAUCCAGCCACCCCUCGGAAGCAGCGCCGAGAACGUACCACCUUCACCCGAUCGCAGCUGGACGUGUUGGAAGCGCUUUUUGCAAAAACCCGCUACCCAGAUAUAUUCAUGCGAGAAGAGGUUGCCCUGAAAAUCAACCUGCCGGAAUCCAGAGUCCAGGUCUGGUUCAAGAACCGCCGCGCCAAGUGCCGACAGCAGCAACAGAGCGGCAGCGGCGCCAAGAGCCGGCCGGCCAAGAAGAAGUCUUCUCCAGCGCGGGAGAGCUCCGGCUCGGAAAGCAGCGGCCAGUUCACGCCUCCCGCCGUCUCCAGCUCGGCCUCCUCUUCUUCGUCCAGCUCCAAUUCUUCGGGCCCGGCGCCGGGCGGAGCGGCCUUGAGCAACCCGGCGGGCGCGGGGGGCGCAGCGUCAGGAUCGGCCUCGUCGGCUGCCUCGCUGAGUAGCGCGCCGUCGGCCGUGGCGGCCUCGUCCAUCUGGAGCCCCGCGUCCAUCUCGCCCAGCGCCGGGCCGGAGCCCCUGACGUCCAGCGGGGCCUCCUGUAUGCAGCGCUCCGUCUCCGGCGCUUCGUCCGCCUCUUACCCCAUGUCGUACGGGCAAGGCGGCGGCUACGGCCAAGGCUACCCGGCGCCGCCACCCCCGCCGCACUCCUCGUCCUACUUCAGCGGGGUAGACUGCGGGUCCUACCUGCCCAUGCACGCGCCCCCGCACGCUCACCAGCUCAGCCCGAUAGCGCCCUCGUCCCUGGCGGGCGCCCAUCCCCACACCCACCACCCGCUCGGCCAGAGCUCCAGCCACCACCAUCAUCACCACCAUCACCAUCACCACCAGCCCGGCUACGGCGGCCCCGGGCUGGCCUUCAACUCCUCCGACUGUCUGGACUACAAAGAGCCGGCCCCCACCGCCGCCUCCUCCUGGAAGCUGAACUUCAACUCCCCGGACUGCCUCGACUACAAAGACCAGGCCUCCUGGCGCUUCCAAGUCCUGUGAGGUUUGCCUCGGCCCCCGGCCCCUCCCUCCUGUAGCGCCCACUUUCUUCCCGGGUCCAGUCGGGACGGCCUCUCUUUCGUCUCGCAAGCGCGCUCCGUCUCGGCUUGGCUCUUCCGCGUGUUUGACCAGCUGGUGAAAGCGGCCUUUGAAUUCGUUUCAAGAAAGGAAAGACGCUGUGAGGCAGCCGUUUGAAUAGCCGACCGCUUCCAGCCCCUUCCCCAUCACCGAAUCUGGGCUGAAGGCUGCUGGGUCAGACCUGCUUGCCCUUCCUUGGACGUGCCGCUUCUUACCCCGCUGAGUUGACUCCUGACGUGUUAUUUAUUCGCUCCCUGGGAUUAUGUUCAGGAUCGUAAUUUUUUUUGUUUGUUUUUGAAGCAGAAGAGGACUUCCAUCCUUCUCCUUCCAACCAGCCCCUUUGCCCAGCCGGCUAGCUUUGUGACGCUCGCUCGCUCGCUCGUGUGCGUGGAAAGACAGGAGAACAGGACGCGCCUUUUGCUUUCUGGCCGACAGCAGACUUCGUGUAUAGACCUCCACCCCGCCCUCCCCCAUCCCAUUCGAGGACCCCCGCACCCACCCCGCCAACUUCCCUCUGUAGGUUUAUAUUGCAAAAAAAAAAAAGAAAGAAAGAAAGAAAAAGCGCGGUAGGAAUGUACAUACAGGGUUUAACGAGAUCCAUUCCAGCGACCCUUUUUAAUGAAACAGCUGAAGGCGAACGCUGGAGGCUCUGCAGGUCGGAAGGGGAAGGAAGGCCACCCCUUCUCCCCCAGCCUAUUGUCUUCCCUUACCCUCUUGGGGAGGGGGGAGGGGGAAAGCGAUUGCCCGACGGAGUUGGAACUGGGAAGCAGGGGCGACGUGUUCGGGAGGGGCGGCAGGGGAGGGUGGGCAGCGGAAGGCGUGCUCUGCCAAUGGAAGCGAGGUGGUGGCAUAGGAUUCCGGAUUGGCCAGUGCAGCAUCGUCUGGACCCGUUUCAACACCUGGCCGCGGGUCUCCGGACAGGUUUUUGGCCCGCUUGGCUCUUGGGGAGGGAAGGGAAAGACAGUGAGAGGGCAAAAUGUAUAAAUUACUCCGUUAAUCCAACAGUCACCUGUUGACAUGUAAGGCAAAUCCUACCCUUUAUCUACAUAUGCCGAUAAUAAAAUUCAAACUGACGAAA